AUGCCUGAUCCACUUGAUAGUGUUACCGCUAGAAUCGUUACUAGAAUCGAAGCUGUACUCCACCUUGGUAGCACAGUCCAUCAAUAUCUAAGUAAUAUCAAAGACCCAAUCACAGAUCACAACAAUAUCAUCAACGAGAUCAACUCUAUAUAUGAAAUCCUUUCUACUUUACAAGCUAAUAUACAAAACAAUUCAAUCAAUAAUGAAGAUUGGUCAACAAUUUCUCAAAGACUUGAAGGCUUCGAUAGCCCAUUAAACCUCUUAAAGACAGCACUCCAGGAAUUAACUACGAAAUUCGAGGAUACAGCUUCUACCAUAGAUGUUAGGGUUCUUCCAUUGGAUUUCAAGCAGAAUGAAGCAGAGGAACUCUUCCGAUUUGUUACAAAGCAGAGAUCCUUACUAUCUUUGGCUUUGAGGAAUAACUAUAUUGCACCUUCGACGGAUAUCCACGAUAAUACACUCCCUAUUCGUGAUAUCGAGAAUACAAACCUUCAUAAACGAUAUUAUACAAAUCAUGAUACAACUUUCAACUCGCAGUAUCAAGAUGAUAAAUCCCGAUAUCUACCUGAAACACAGUCUAAACGACAGAGAAUUAAUCGACAAGGCAAUUUUACAAACGCGGGCGGAUCACAAUUCAUUGCAUCAAACCUUAAUUCUGGAGGAGGGUCUAUUAAUAUCAAUACUCACACCUUGGAAAACCGCUGCCUAAUCGACCUACGAACCACCGAUCCACGAUUGGACAAGAGACGUAUCGAAGAGACUAAAGGAGGACUACUUGAUAAUGUAUAUAAUUGGAUUUUCGAUAAUAGUGAUUUUCAACAAUGGCACUUUAACCGAGAUAAUCGCCUACUUUGGAUUAAAGGAGAUCCUGGUAAGGGCAAGACCAUGUUGCUCUGUGCACUCUCUGAUAUUUUGAAGGAUAUCUUGCAUGAUAAGAAUUUGAAGCCGACGAUCUUGAUUAUUGAUGCGCUUGACGAAUGCCAAAAAGACCUGCCACAAUUACUUCGCCUAAUUGUUUCGGGCUCAUCCAUUUCUUCUCGUGUUAAAUGGCUUGUCUCAAGUCGGAACUGGCCCGAAAUCGAAGAGCAGUUACAACAGAUCGAGCAGGAAACCCGGCUCAGUCUCGAGUUGAAUGCUGAAUCAGUAUCUGCUGCUGUCAGGUGGUAUAUCCGAGAGAAGCCCGAUCCCGAUACAUUAGCUUCUAUACGGUAUUCCUGUAUUUACUGGAUUAACCAUUUAAGAGAUGGAGAUCCUGAACAAAACAGAGAACACAUUCAAGAUAACGGCAAUAUUUAUGAAUUCCUGAAAAAUCAUUUGCUACAUUGGCUGGAGGUUAUGAGCUUGAUGGAGAAAACUUCAGAGGGCAUCAACGCAAUAAGUUCUUUAGAAUCAUAUGUUUCCAAGAUUAAAGAUUCUGAACUUUAUACCUUUAUAUAUGAUGCUAAACGAUUCUUGCUACACAACCGAGUAGGUAUUGAACAGGCGCCUCUUCAAAUAUAUUGCUCAGCCCUUUUCUUUGCUCCAGAGAAUAGUAUUAUUCGAAAAACAUUUCAAAAAUGUAUCCCGAGUUGGAUUUAUAAAAUGUCAAGGACACGAUCAAAUUGGAGUGCCGCCCUCCAAACGCUCGAGGGUCAUUCGAGUUUGGUUUAUUCAGUUGCCUUCUCACCAGAUGGUACAAAAGUAGCUUCGGGCUCUGAAGAUAAAACAAUCCGGCUUUGGGAUGCGAUGACGGGCGAAUCGCUUCAAACGCUCGAGGGUCAUUCGAGUUUGGUUUAUUCAGUUGCCUUCUCACCAGAUGGUACAAAAGUAGCUUCGGGCUCUGAAGAUAAAACAAUCCGGCUUUGGGAUGCGAUGACGGGCGAAUCGCUUCAAACGCUCGAGGGUCAUUCGCAUUGGGUUAACUCAGUUGCCUUCUCACCAGAUGGUACAAAAGUAGCUUCGGGCUCUGAAGAUAAUACAAUCCGGCUUUGGGAUGCGAUGACGGGCGAAUCGCUUCAAACGCUCGAGGGUCAUUCGAGUUGGGUUUCUUCAGUUGCCUUCUCACCAGAUGGUACAAAAGUAGCUUCGGGCUCUCGCGAUAAUACAAUCCGGCUUUGGGAUGCGAUGACGGGCGAAUCGCUUCAAACGCUCGAGGGUCAUUCGAGUUUGGUUUAUUCAGUUGCCUUCUCACCAGAUGGUACAAAAGUAGCUUCGGGCUCUGGCGAUAAUACAAUCCGGCUUUGGGAUGCGAUGACGGGCGAAUCGCUUCAAACGCUCGAGGGUCAUUCGAGUUUGGUUUCUUCAGUUGCCUUCUCACCAGAUGAAUUAAAGGUCUGGAAGCAUAAAGAGAAAGAUGUAAAUUCGAUUCUGUUCCCAGCUUUAUCUCAUAUACUUCUCAAGAAACCCAACAAUUAUGGAUCUUCUCUCAAAAGCAACCGUGUUUUAUCCUGA